UAAACUGCGCUCUAAAUACCAUUUUCGUACAAUCAAGUAUAACUCGUUAAUUGUUAAUUAUCCCAUUUUGAAUUCCUUUCCUACCAAUAUGAAAUUCGCUUUGGCUCUAGUACUUUUCGCCUGUGUUGGGCUAUCCGUCCAAGCUGCACACCUCAGGCAAAACAAAGGAGAUUUACUCUGUGAACUGUGUACAACCGUAGCUAAUUACAUCAAAGAAUUGAUUCAAGAAAAUUUACCCGAAGAGAAAGUGAAAGAGGAUGUGCAAGAAUUAUGCAAUGGUUUGCCAACAGACUUAAAAGAAAUCUGUACCAAUGAUAUUCUUCCUCUUGUGGAUAACAUAUACAAAGACCUUGCAGCACUUACAGCAGAAGAUGUAUGUAAAGCUUUGGAAUUUUGUACAGCUUGAUAGAUAUCAAUAAAUAUAUAUAUAAAUAA